AUGCACCGACCGCAUCCCCUCCGACAGUCACAAACGUUUGACUAUUCGGUUGCCCGCCAACCUUCAACAGCGUCUUCGUCCGCCUCGUCCGGCUACUCCAACGCAUCGUCUGGCUACUCCAACGUCUCCGACCAGAGCUCGGCCGCCAGUAGCAUGACAUCGUAUUCUGGCGGGUACUCGUCGCUGGGACACAAGCGUGGUCAGAGCGAGGCUGCCCGACUCUCGACCUCUUUCUCCAACCUCCACGUCUCGUCGCCUCCCAAGGCACAUGGCGAGAACAUAUAUGGCAACGCGCGGCGGUCACUGCGCCCGCUGCCUCAAGCGCCCGCAGCCUCCGUCACCUCCCCGCCGACAUCGCCAGUGAAGAGCCUCUCGCGCCAUGAUCGCGGACAGAGCGUCGACAUCGGCUCCCUCUCCAGCGGCAACCGCAGCAGCAACAUCGAAAAUGACCGGCUUGGCAGCAACCGUCCACAAGCUCCGCUUUCCGCCAUACGUCCCAACUCCAUGCUCCUCACGCGGUCCGACUCGAUCAAUCGAGGUGGAAGUGCCGCUGUCGCUCAUGCUAGCAUGCCCGCAACUCUCCAUCAUGCACACACGGCACCCAUCACCGCACCCGACUUCCAGACUCUGGGCAAGUCGUCGACAAAUCAGCUGCGAACCCUCUCAAAGCUGGCACAGUCUGGCUCCGCUGAUGACUUUGCUCUCGCCGCAACGUCAGAGGAAGUCGUGGGUCUUCGCGGCCGGCGACGGCUGCAGAACGCCGCACCCGCCAAGUCCGGAGGCCGCGGCGGUGGUGAUUGGAAUUGGAUGGAGAAGCAACGGCAAUUUCUCCAGGCCUACGAGUAUCUCUGCCACAUCGGCGAGGCCAAGGAGUGGAUCGAGGAUGUCAUCCACCGCACCAUCCCACCCAUUGUUGAGCUUGAAGAGGCGCUGCGAGACGGUGUCACACUCGCCGAAGUUGUGGCUGCUCUGAACCCCGACAGGCCGUUCCGUAUCAUUCGGCACCAGAAACUCCAGUAUCUGUACUCGGACAACAUUGCCAACUUCUUCCGCUACCUCGACGAGGUCGAGCUGCCCGACCUGUUCCGCUUCGAGAUGAUCGACCUGUACGAGAAGAAGAACAUCCCCAAGGUCAUCUACUGCAUUCACGCCCUGAGUUGGCUGCUCUUCCGCAAGGGCAUUGUUGACUUCCGCAUCGGCAACCUCAUUGGCCAGCUCGAAUUCGAGCACCACGAACUCGAAGCAGUGCAAAAGGGUCUCGAUAAGUUGGGUGCCAACAUGCCCAGUUUCGGUAACAUCGGCGCCGACUUUGAUGUAGAGCCUGAGCCCGUCGAAACGGAAGAGGAGCGCAUCGACCGCGAGCUGGCCGAGAACGAGGCCUCGAUCGUGGACCUGCAAGCACAAGCACGCGGCGCUCUCGUGCGCAUGCGGCUAGGCCAAUCCAUGCAGCAGCUCUGGGACGACGAGAACUGGCUGAUCGACCUCCAGGCUCGUAUUCGCGGUGACUUUGCCAGACAAAUUAUCGAAUACCGAAUGCAGAUGCGGCGCUUCGCCAUCGACCUGCAAAGCGCUGCACGCGGAUUCCUUGUCCGCCAGCGGCAGCAUGAGAAAGAGUACUACUUGGAGAGCAUGGAAGGUCAUGUCCUCGAGCUUCAGAGCCUCAUUCGGGCCAACAAGGUCCGCAACCAGGUACGAGACAUUCGUUCUCAGCUACAGCACGCUUCAGGGCCCGUGCGAGGCAUUCAGGCGGUCUUCCGGGGAUACUUGGCGCGCAGAGAGAUGCUUUCUCAGAAGCAGGAUGCAAAGCAUGCGGCCGGUUCGGCCACAGCUCUGCAGGCUGCCAUUCGUGGCAUGCUGCUGAGAAGGCGCCUGGAGGACGAGCAGGCGGCGCUCUUUGCUGAGAGUCACGCAGUAGCCGACCUCCAGGCCGCCGCAAGGGCAAUGCUAACGAGACACCAGAUUCACCUGCAGAAAGAGGCACUUGCACGCUUUGCACCUCAGUGGGAGCACUUGCAGGCUGUGUUACGAGGCAACGCCGCCCGGCAGUCCGUCACUGCCCUGACAGCCGAGUUGCGCCAGCAUGUGCCCCAGAUCGAGGCGCUGCAGGCCUGUGUCCGGGCCGCUGCUGUUCGACGCAACAUCACCGAUACCCUCGACGGCCUUCAAGAGUGCGAGCCCGAGCUCAUUGCACUGCAGUCCCAUGCCCGCGGCAUGCUCGAGCGCUUCCGGGUCGCGGGCGAUCUGAACGCACUCUCUGCCCAGGAACGCCAAAUCACGCGGCUGCAAGCAAAUGCGCGGGCCUUCAUCUUCCGUCAAAAGCACUCUGCUUUCUUGGACGAGCUGCACUCCACCGAACCCGAAAUUGUCCAGCUGCAGGCUCUCGCCCGGGCCAUGUUGCUGCGCAGCGAGAUCGGCGAGCUCCUCAACCAGCUUGAUGAGCAGGAGGAGUCGAUCGUUGCCCUGCAAGCUGCCGCCAAGGCCUUUAUCGUCCGCUGCCGGUUUGCCGAGAAGAAGCGCUUCUUCAACGAGAAUAUGCAACGCGUUGUCAAGAUCCAAAGCUUUGUCCGCGCCAAGAUGCAGGGCGAAGCAUACAAGAGCCUCACCACUGGCAAGAACCCUCCGGUCAACGCCGUGAAGAACUUUGUUCAUCUGCUAAACGACAGCGACUUUGACUUCAACGAGGAGGUUGAGUUUGAGCGGAUGCGCAAGACCGUUGUGCAGCAGGUUCGCCAAAACGAGACGAUGGAGCAGUACAUUGACCAACUCGACAUCAAGAUUGCACUUCUCGUCAAGAACAAGAUUACCCUCGACGAGGUUGUGCGGCACCAGAGCAACUUUGGUGGUCACACCGGAAACAUCCUUGCCAGCACGCCGAUGACGUCCGCCAACCAGUUCGACCUGAAGGCGUUGAACAAGAGUUCUCGCAAGAAGCUGGAAUCGUACCAGCAGCUCUUCUUCAACCUGCAGACGCAGCCCCAGUACCUGGCGCGCCUGUUCCGUCGCAUUCGCAUGCAGGGCAUGUCCGAAAAGGAGGGGCGGCGGAUUGAGCUUCUGAUCAUGAGCCUGUUUGGCUAUGCGCAGAAGCGGAGAGAGGAGUACUAUUUGCUCAAGCUGAUCGCCCGGUCGAUCAGUGAAGAAAUCGACGGUUCGUCUUCCAUCCAGGAGUACGUCCGUGGCAACUACUACUGGCAGAAGCUUCUCACCAACUACACACGAUCACCCCGCGACCGCAAAUACCUGCGCGACCUCUUGGGUCCCAUGAUCCGCGACAACAUUAUCGAAGACCCGGCACUCGACCUGGAGAGCGACCCCUUGCAAAUCUACCGGUCGGCCAUCAACAACGAAGAGCUCCGGACAGGCCAGCCCAGCCACCGGCCGCGCGACGUCCCACGUGAACACGCCAUCAAGGACCCCGAGACCCAGGAGCUGUUUAUCGACCACCUCCGCGACUUGCGCGAGAUCUCCGAUCAGUUCCUGCUGUCCCUCGAGGACCUCCUGCCGCGCCUACCAUAUGGUAUUCGUUUCAUCUGCCGGCAGAUGUUCGAUUCGCUUUGCCAGCACUUCCAGCGCGAUCCCCCACAGUACCACCUCCAGCUCGUGGGCAACUGGCUCUGGCGCUUCUACCUGCAGCCGGCAGUCACGUCACCGGAGAACGUCGGUGUUAUCGACAAGAAUCUCAGCCCGCUCCAGAAGCGCAACCUGGGCGAAGUGGCCAAGGUCCUUGGCCAGAUUGCCAGCGGCCGGCCAUUUGGUGGCGACAACAUUCACCUGCUGCCGCUGAAUGCAUUCAUCUCCGACUCGGUUGCUCGCCUGGGCCGCAUCAUGGAGGCACUUGUGUCGGUGCCGGACGCCGAGAGCACUUUCGACAUUGACGAGUUCAACGACCUGUACGCCAAGAACAAGCCGACGCUAUACAUCAAGAUGACGGACAUCUUUGCCAUCCACCAAUUGGUGGUGUCGGAGCUGCCCGCGAUUUGCCCAAAUCGCGACGACAUGCUGCGCGAGAUUGUACAGGAACUCGGCAGUGCGAAGAACAACGAGAGCGAGAUGACGGCGGCCGGCUCAUCAGACAUUCAAAUGUACCUGACACCCAAGCUGCAUGAUGUGGAAGACCCCGAGGCGGAGGUCAAGGCCCUGUUCAUGGAGACGAAGCGAUGCAUUCUGUAUAUUAUCCGUGUGCAGACUGGCGUGAAUCUCCUGGACGUGUUGGUGAAGCCGAUUCACCCACAGGACGAGCAGAAAUGGCAGUCGCUGCUGCGGGAGGACUUUGCGGUGGGCAGCAACACGCGCGGCGCGUACUCGGACGCCAACAUGGUGGACGUGACCCGCAUGUCCUACUACGACCUCAAGCGCACGGCACUGGAGAACGUGCUGCGUCUGGAGCAGCUGGGACGGAUAUCCAAGCACAACCACUACCAGGACGUGCUGAAUGCAAUUGCGCUGGACAUCCGCACCAAGAGCCGGCGGCGCGUGCAACGGCAGCGCGAGUUGGAAGGCGUGCGUCUUACGCUGGGCAACCUGCACGAAAAGGCCAAGUACCUGGAGCAGAAGCGCAAGAGCUACGACGACUACAUUGAGCAGGCAAUGGCUACGCUGCAAAACAAGAAGGGGUUCCUCCUGCCAUUCACGAAGCAGUACAACCAUCAGCGCGAGUUGGAGCGCAGCGGACGGGUGCCCAAGUUUGGGUCAUACAAGUACAGCGUGCGGGCACUGGCCGAGAAGGGCGUCGUGGUGUCCUGGACGGGUGUUAUGGACCGCGACUACGACAAGAUCAACCUGACCAUUUCCUGCGACGAGGUCGGCGUGUUCUCCAUCGAGGGCUCGCGUGGCCACAUCCAGAUUCCCGGUGCUAGCGCGCUCGUGUCGAUUGAGGAUCUGCUGCAGGCGCAGUUCGAGGCGCACCAGUUCAUGAACGUCUUCGAGGGCAACCUGCGGCUCAACGUCAACCUACUGCUGCACCUCCUGUACAAGAAGUUUUAUCGAACAGAGUAG